CCCUUAUCCCCAUUCCGCCACGCGCUCCCACGCCGCGCCGCUCCCCUCCCCACCGCCGCGCCGCCAUGGCCGCCAUGGCGCCCUCCUCCUCCUCGCUGCCGCCUCCCGUCCCCGCGAAAACCCUAAACCCUACCCGCAUCCUCCCUCUCACCCGCAAGGCCCCUGCCGCCGCCGCGUUGGCACCUCGCCCGCUCCUCCUCUCAUUCCCCACGCCCGCGCCCGCGCCCGCCCGCCGCCUCGCCGGACUCCGCGCCACCGCCCAGCAAGGAUCCCCCGAGUACCAGUUCGAUGGUGAUGAGGAGGACGAGGAGGAGUGGGAGGAUGACGAGGGCGACGAGGAGGACAUGGACGUGGAGGCGAUGGAGGAGGAGGCGCGUGGCGCCGCCGCCGACCUCGCUAAACGCCUCGCCCGUGAGCUCCACAUCGAUGAUGACGUCCGGGAGAAAAGAAGAAACGUCAGAGAUAAGACAACAGCGUCUAAACAUAUCCCAGAUAGUCUUCUCCCGAAGGUGGCAAUUAUCGGGAGGCCGAAUGUCGGUAAAUCUGCACUAUUCAACCGUCUUGUUGGGGGCAACAGGGCUAUCGUUGUUGAUGAACCUGGUGUGACAAGAGAUCGCUUAUAUGGACGAUCUUAUUGGGGUGAUCAGGAGUUUAUGGUUAUUGACACUGGAGGAGUAAUUACUCUCUCAAAGUCUCAAGCAGGUGUGAUGGAAGAACUUGCUGUCACCACUACUGUUGGUAUGGAUGGGAUUCCUCUCGCCACCAGAGAAGCUGCUAUUGCGAGGAUGCCAUCAAUGAUUGAAAAACAAGCCGUUGCGGCUGUUGAUGAAGCAGCUGUCAUACUAUUCAUCGUGGAUGGUCAGGCUGGUCUUGUGGCAGCUGAUAUAGAGAUUUCUGAUUGGUUACGCCGCAACUACUCUGACAAGUGUGUUAUACUUGCUGUCAAUAAGUGUGAAUCUCCACGGAAAGGGCAAAUGCAAGCAUUAGACUUUUGGUCACUAGGGUUUUCUCCUCUGCCAAUUUCUGCUAUUACUGGCACAGGAACUGGGGAUCUCCUUGAUCUGGUGUGUUCAGAGCUGAGAAAUUUUGAGGGAUUGGAUGGAGUUGAACAAGACAAAAAUAAUGUUCCUGCUAUUGCCAUUGUGGGAAGACCAAAUGUGGGGAAAAGUAGUAUUCUAAAUGCUUUGGUUGGAGAAGAUAGAACUAUUGUAAGCCCAGUUAGUGGGACAACCCGUGAUGCCAUUGAUACUGAGUUUACUACUGCAGAUGGGCAGAAGUACAAACUUAUUGAUACUGCUGGGAUCCGGCGCAGGGCAGCUGUUGCUUCUGCUGGUAGCACAACAGAAACGCUCUCGGUAAAACGUGCAUUUCAAGCGAUCCGCCGCUCUGAUGUGGUUGCCCUUGUUGUUGAAGCGAUGGCCUGCAUUACAGAGCAGGAUUAUAAAAUUGCAGAAAGGAUUGAGAAAGAAGGAAAGGCUUGUGUCAUUGUUGUGAAUAAAUGGGAUACAAUCCCAAACAAGAACCAUCAGAGUACGACACAUUAUGAGCAAGAUGUAAGAGAAAAGCUUCGCAUACUUGAUUGGGCACCUAUUGCCUACUGUUCUGCGACAAAUGACACCAGUGUUGAAAAGAUAAUAUCUGCUGCUGCUUUGGUUGAGAAGGAAAGGUCUAGAAGACUUGGUACCUCUAUUCUUAAUCAAGUUGUUAGAGAAGCUAUAGCAUUCAAACCUCCGCCACGGACAAGAGGUGGCAAACGAGGUCGUGUCUAUUACACAACACAGGCUGCUGUCGGUCCACCAACAUUUGUUUUCUUUGUAAAUGAUGCAAAGCUCUUCCCUGAGACAUACCGCCGUUACAUGGAAAAGAAACUCCGGUCAGAUGCUGGAUUUCCAGGCACCCCUAUUCGGUUGUUGUGGCGUAGCAGAAGGCGGGCAGAUAAACGAGGUAAAUCUGCAGAUAUUAACUUGCAAAGCUCAGGAACCUCGGGCAAAAUGGCUGCAGUUGUCUGAGUCACAGCCUCACAGACACCGACCAAUGCCGAGCUCGAGACGCAGACGGCGCCCUGUUUACCCGACGUGGUUACAAGAAGGCGUUCUUCGACGCCACGAGCGGGCUGUCGCUGGAGCGGGACCUCGCCGGCGAGCCCGCCGGGUUCUUCAGCCCUUAAGGAGUUGGCACGUUCGCCGGCGCCGACGGCGGUUCGGCAUGAUUGCGGCGUCGAAGACUAGAAGGCAUUCUUCGACACAACGGGCGGGAUGUGGCAGGAUCACGCCGUCGCCGGCCAGCCCGCCGGGUUCUUCUUCGCGACGGGCUCCCAGGGCGGUGGGCAGGAAAGCACGGCGCAGACGGUGUCACGCAUCUGGCAAACCAAUAUUUCUGAAAUUUUAAGUUGUUUGAAAUUUCCAAUAUUUCUGAAAUUUGAAGUUUGAUAGAUAUUUGACCCCAAAUCCUAUUUGCCCGGGUUUUUCUUUUACCGGUUCAAUUUUUCA